AUGGCAUCUAGCGUUGUCUGUCAAUAUCCGACCAAAACACAACUUCAGGUUCAGAAUUUCGAUGAUGAAAACGUUGUAACACCAGAAGCUAAUAAUGGAAAGAAGGAGUGUAAUGUAGCACCUAAAGACACAUCUCCUACGCUUCCUGGGUGGUAUGCUGACGUAUCUUGGCCAGGAGAAGCACACAUAUAUAAAAUGGAGAAAAUCAUAUUCCAAGGGAAAUCAGAAUUCCAAGAGCUUCUUGUAUUUGAGUCAUCCAGGCAUGGCAAGGUUGCAAUUCUGGAUGGGUAUAUCCAGCUGACAGAGAAUGACGAAUUUGCUUACCAAGAGAUGCUCACUCACCUUGCACUCUGUUCCGUUCCAAAUCCAAAGAAGGUACUGUUAGUUGGAGGGGGAGAUGGUGGAAUUCUUAGGGAAAUAUCACGUCAUUCAUCUGUCGAACACAUUGAUAUAUGUGAAAUAGACAAAAUGGUGAUUGACGUUUAUAAGAAGUUUUUCCCAGAUAUAGCCGUUGGUUACGAGGAUCCCCGAGUGCAUGUUCACAUCAGAGAUGGAAUUGCAUUCAUCAAUUCUGUUCCUGAGGGCACGUACGAUGUCAUUAUAUUGGAUGCUUUUCAACCAAUGGGACCUAUAGCGGAAGUUCUUGCUGAUAACUGCUUCUUAGAUUCAGUAGCAAAGGCUCUUCGACCUGGUGGAGUGUUGUCUGCUCCAGCAGACAGCUUGUGGCAUAAGAACUUCGUAGUUGCAGAUACCAUAGCAAAAUGCAAGAAUGUAUUCAAAGGCUCGGUUAACUAUGCUUGGACCACAGUUCCUACAUAUGCAAGUGGGGUGAUUGGGUUCAUGCUUUGCUCCACAGAGGGUCCCCCAGUCAACUUCAAACACCCAAUAAAUCCAUUGAACACGAAGCAAAAUGGGGUCGCAAAGGGACCUCCUAAGUUCUAUAACUCAGAGAUCCAUUCUGCUGCAUUCUGUCUUCCUUCUUUUGUGGACAAGGAUGUUGAUCCAAAAAGAUAUUGAUAAAAAUCUCAAAAGUAAAAAUAAGGAAUUGUUGUUAA